UCUGCAAUGGGUGGGAUUCUGGGCGAGGGUCCGGGGGGCUUUUCAUAAGGAAAACAGCCUUUACUGGUCUGAAACAAAAGGGACAAUUCCCAUCCAUCAUUUGACAGCACGUGACGUCACCCCUCAAGACGUCCAAUAGUAGAUGACCCCCCCUCACCAUAGCCCCGCCCCUCCUCCCCGCCGGCUCCGCUGAUUGGCUGACUCCGGGCCUCCUGUGUGUGUUAUUAUUCGAAUAUAAAUGUAGAGGCGGCGGCGGAGCAGAGGAGGCCCGGGCGGCGGAGGACACGGAGCUCCCAGUGCUCCAGACAUUCAUCCCCGCGGUCCCCGCAGUCCCCGCACACCGGCCUCCGUGUCUCUGCACAGUAUGGACUCUGCCUGACGCUUCUCUGCACUGUUCUGCACGACCUAAGGCUCUUCUGCACAGUCUGCCGCUCUUCUGCAAGACCUGACUGUUCUGCCGCUCUUCUGCCCGAUCUGCCGCUCUUCUGCAGGAUGGAGAUGGAGAAGCCGCUGAGUGAGCUGAGCCCCGGCCGCCCCGCCGCCUCCCGGCCCUGCACCCUGCUGCCCUGCGGCCGGAGCCUGCUCUGCCCCAACCCCGGGGGCGUCCUGUCCCCGGUCACCAGCCUGGCCUUCACCAUGAACCGGCUCACCGGCCUCGGGAGCCAGGAUGAAACCCCGAAGAGAAAGCGUUCGAUGUCGUCCCUGAGCCGCUCCUCCUCCGCCGACUCCUCGGACUCCGGCCUAUGUUUGGAUUACCCCAGCCCUGUGGAGCCGGAGGCACCCCCGGAGAGCUUUGAGAGAUCUAUUUUUGACAGCGGAGCCCUAAGCAAUGACUUUAAGCCACCGAUCAGAAGAAAGUCGCUGCCGGUGACGCUCCUCCGUGGAAGCCCCGUCCUUAGAAGAUUGUCCAGUGCGUCGGACCUGGAUGUCUCCAGCCCCAUUCACUGCCUCCCCGCAGUCAAAGACAACAAGGAGAACGAAGUCUUUUUAUUCAAAAGGCCGUUCUUGUGUCCGGUGUCCAGGAGUCGGAUUCGUAGUGAUGAGACCUACAAGUCGAGGCCCAACUCUGCCCCCGCCCUCAUGUUCUCCCCCGAGAGGAUUGAGUAUGACUUGGACUCUGAAAGCCCUGUGCGUUUACGCAAGUCCUCCCUGACCUUCUCUCUGCAUGAUGAUGACGAUGACGGCUUCAUGGAGAUCAUGGAUGACGAAGAUGUGAAGGGCGAAUCAAAUCUUCCAACGGGGAUGGAGAACCUACUGACCGGCCCUCUGAAGAAGGACGAGAAGCAGGAGGAGGAUUUAGUUAUAAGGAGUAAAUGCCGCCGCCUCUUCCGCUCGCCAUCGAUGCCAAGCAGCAUCAUCCGACCAAUCCUGAAACGCUUGGACAGACCAGACGAUGACGGCACUCCGGUUAAAACAAAGCGACAUAAAAAUGUGUCGACGGACAAGGUGGAGCCUGAGGUGGUGGAGCCUAAAAUGAAGUUGGGACGUUCCAAGUCUCUUUGUGUUGAAACAGUUGAGAGGAUUCUAGACAGCGACCAAAGGGAUUUGAUUGGCGACUCCUCAAAGACUUGCCUAUUGAGGACGGUGGAUGGUCAGCACCAGGAUCUGAAGUACAUUACCCCAGAAAUGAUGAUUGACGUGCUGGAAGGAAAAUACAAGGAUCACAUCGAUCGCUGCGUCAUUGUAGACUGCCGCUACCCCUACGAAUACGACGGCGGGCACAUCAGGGGGGCAGUGAAUCUCCCGAUGGAACUCGACGUGGAAGAGUUCCUUCUUAGGAAACCGAUUGUGCCGAGCAGCAAGGAUAAGAGGGUCAUCAUCAUCUUCCACUGUGAAUAUUCCUCCGAGAGAGGCCCCCGCAUGUGCCGUUUUGUUAGGAAGCGGGACAGGAACAGCAAUGAGUACCCGAAGCUUCAUUACCCCGAGCUGUAUGUGCUGAAGGGAGGCUACAGAGACUUCUUCCCCAGCAACCAGACCCUCUGCGAGCCGCAGUCUUACCGCUCCAUGUAUCACAAAGACUAUAAGGAGCACCUGAAGCUCUUCCGUACCAAGAGCAAGCGGGACCUCUACAGGCAGCAGAUGAAGUUAUAAGUCGGCAGAGUCUGGAAAUCCAUCUCGCGAAGGCCUCGUCCCGCGGUCGGAACGCCGGUCCCUGGCUCGUCUGUGGAGUCUUCUGUUGUGGACAUUUAGACGGGGGGGUAAUCUCGUGCUACAAAGAACAGACCCCCAGGCUGAAUCUCGUGAUGGGUCCACCACCUCGUAUGGGAAGCGUUAGACCUAGACACCGCCUACGGUGUCCUGCAGGGACCAGACAAUGUCUCCCCUGUUACCAGAAGGACGUCUUCUGCCUGUGUUUGUGUUGUAUAUGUGUAUCCUUGUUGCACGUGCACUUUUAUGAUGUAUUUUAUGGCGGCGGUAACCUCCUCCAAUCAAGCUCCAUGUGUUGGAGCAGCCACCAGGCCGUCACUUUGUCCCUGACUAACAGCGAGGGGCGGUAUCCUAUUUUAUAGUUUUAAGAUUUUUAUUUUUUUAUUUACAAUUUUAUAUCUCCCUCCUGCUUUACUUUCACUUUCUUUUAUAGAAUGUGGGUGCAGGGUUAUAUGUAUAUGUUUACAUAGGCCGUAAUCUAUGCGGCUGCUUCUGAGAUUUGAGACUGAGGGCGGCCAUUUUGUGUCCUAAUCUAUGGGACAGAUGAGGCCACAUGACUGGUUUACCGUCACGUAGUGGGCCGCAUCUAUAGGAGAAAUAUUCUGGAGAGUUUACCAAAAUGAGGUAUUUAUGGGAUGAUGGAUUUAUCAUGAGAUGCACAAUAGGGCAGCUAACGUGCACAGACUGAUACCGGCGCAGUCAAUGAAGAGAAUUAUGCGGAGACGUCCACUUUUGAGAAAAAUUGGUUUUUCAGAAAAAUUUGAAUUUCUGAAAAAUGUCUAUUGCGCAUAUAUAUAUGUAUUAUUUUUUUGGGUUAAUUUCCCUUUAAUAGAAGAAAUGGAGUCGUGGAAUAUUUAGUAUAAAUGGUUAAUCCUCAUCGCCGUGGCUCUGUAUGAAUCGCGUCAUAAAGCACUUCCUUUUUUUCUAAUUGCUUCAUUUGAAAAAAAAAAAAAUCUAAGAUUGUGUAAAUGUUGUAUUUUUGUGCUGGUGUUCCGUGUGGUUGUGUUUUUUUUUACCCGCGUUAUUUUCCUUGUGUUAUAAAGCGUUAUCCCGGAGACUCGUCAGAACCGCCGUCCCAAUGUGUAUUGCACCUCUAACUAUCAUUAUGUAUUGCGCCGCCAUCUUUAAAUGUUCUCUAUUCUAAUUUAUGCUUCUAGUAUUUAUGUGGUUUGCACAAGUAUAUAAUGUUUUUAUAAUAAUGCAAUCUUCUAACGAUCUGUUCGGAUUCCCGUGUGGGAUCAUCGGGGACUGUUCACUUUAUGCCUCCUGUAACGCUCCUCUGCUUUCUGCUUCUUUUAUGUCAAAAAUUCAGGGAUAAUAAAAUUCUGAUUGUUAAAAGU